AUGUAUUUGGUUGAUAAUUGUAGUAAUACAGACAAGGCUAAGGGGAUAGCCCAACCAAAACAGAGGAAAAGGACAGACCAAAAACGAAAGCGGUUAGGGAGUGAUAGUCCAACUAAAACAGAGGAAAAGGAAAAACCUAAAACGGACGACACUUGCGAAGAAGUCCAGCCAAAGCGAAGGAAAAAGAUGCACCGAAAACGGACACGGCCAGGGGAUGAUAAUCCAACUAUCCUAACCUUCGAUUUAGAAACUACAGGAUUGAUUGAAAAUGGAGACAAUAUGCCACACAUAACACAAAUAGCGGCCAUGGAAAAAUUGAGCGGUUCAAGGUUUUGCAAGUAUGUAAAACCGAAAAAGCGUUUAACAAAUGAUGCCGAGAGAAUAACUGGCAUUGUUAUGACAAAUGCCAAUACAAUGUUAGUAAAAGGUAAAAAGGUGGAAGCAGUCGGUAUCAGAGUAGCCAUUGGUGAACUAUGUGAAUGGUUGGAACAGUUUCCUAAUGUGUCUUUGGUAGCCCAUUACGGUCGAGGAUUUGAUUUUCGUGUUGUGAAAUCCGCCAUCGAGAGUAUCGGUAUGAAGGACAGACUCUAUAAAUGUGUUUGUACAUUGGUAGAUUCCCUUCCAAUUUUCCGAAAGAUGUAUCCGGGACAGUCGCAUAAGCUAGCUGACCUUGUGCUGUCCUUGCUUGGAACUAAGUAUAAUGAGCACGAUGCCAGUGAUGAUGUAGAAGCGCUAAGCAAACUCCUCAGUCAUGUCGAUCUAUAUCGGAAAGAAAUCCUGAAAUACAGUUUUAAUUUUUCGGAUAUUUAAACAAUGGUCUGUUUUAAAAGGUCUUUGGACAUUAUUAGUAGUAUUUUAUAUUGCGAAUUGUAUGUUGCGAAUGGAAUCGUAGUUCGGGAGUGUGUAUUUGUACCUGUUGUUGAUGCAUGGCUUUAGGUGUGUGUUUUUAUCAAUUUUGCUUUGUUUUUGUGAUGUAUUAGAGCCUUUAUAUAUUCUGUACCUAUAUUUUGAUAAUGUGUAUGUAUGCUAUUAGAGCCAAUAUAUAUUGUAAACCUAUAGUUUGAUAAUGUGUGUAAGUACUACUGGAGCCAUUAUGUUUUGUAUGUCUAAAGCUUGAUUAUGUGUAUUAGUGCUAUUCGAGCCAUUAUAUAUUCAAGACCUAUAUUUUUAUAAUGCAUAUAAGUGCUAUUGGAGCUUUUUAAUAAAUAAACCUAGA